UAAUUGAAAGAGCUUGGUUUUUACAGUAAGCGGCUCUGGUGUAAAGUAGCGGUGGUGACAGUGGAACUCCAACUUCACAAUUGUUAGGGUUUAAAGACAGAGGAAUUAGGAUUAGGGCUUUGCAGUGAGAGGCUCUGAGCUUGCAUUCGCCGUUGAGGUUCAAAGGAGUAGUUGGGUUCUGAACGUAAAAGGAACAUUUUUUCGCUGGGCCUGGUUGUUCCAGAAAAGCUAAUGAUUGUUGCAAUAAACUUCCAAUUCAAAAAUGCUGGUGGAACCUUCCUGCUUAAUGCCUGAAACUAAGUUGAUGUUAGCUUAGAACUUGAGGGUUCUGAUAAAAAGAUUAGUGUGACCGGUUGUGAUAACUAGUUGAACCAAACUACUUUUGAAAUAAUAGCAGAAACCCUUUUGGUUCGUUUCAAUUUAUCAAUAAUUAAGCCUUUGCAUCCCAAAAGGAAAUUCAGUUGUUCUCUGCAAUGAAUUCUGUUUUCUCAUCACAGUCCCUUUGCAUUCCCCUAGCUAGCUUCCAGUUGCUACCUUGUCUUCAAACACAACCUCAUUAUACGUUCCCCAACCGUGUCUGUUAUCGGAAUCGUUGCAUCUCUCCUCUUUCUCUUUCCUUUCCUUUCAUUUCGCAUCAGGCUUUGCAUGCUCGGCAAUCAUUUUGUGGUGCUACAGCUCCACCAGAUGAAGGAGUAGUCUCUGUAAUCAACUUCGACGAUUUUGCUGAGAAAGACUGGUCCUUUCUUGAUUCCGCUGAUUUCAGUUCUGGACCAGAUUAUAACCUAAACAUUGAUCGCAUUAUAACUGCGGGAGAAAUUGAAGAAACUUCAAGAGUUAUGGUUUCAAUUGGUUCCGAAGGAUUUGUAGAUCGGGUGGUUGAAUCUUCACCCUGCAAUCUCUUGCUUGUUGUCCAUGAUUCACUUUUUGUGUUAGCUGGCAUUAAAGAAAAAUAUGACAAGGUUAAGUGUUGGCAAGGAGAAUUAAUAUAUGUGCCUGAUAAGUGGGCACCUUUAGAUGUUGUGUUCCUUUAUUUCCUUCCAGCCAUGCCCUUUACACUUGAUGAGGCGUUUGGAGCACUUGCAAGGUGUUUUUUGGCAGGUGCAAGACUGGUUAUUAGCCAUCCCCAAGGAAGAGAAGUUUUAGAGCAACAACGACAACAAUAUCCAGAUGUUGUAACUUCUGACUUGCCUGAGAAGAAGACUUUACAGGAAGUUGCAGCACAACAUUCUUUCGAGUUAACCGACUAUGUCGACGAGCCUGGUUUUUAUCUUGCUGUAUUAAAGUUUAGUGGGGCAAGAAACUGAGAGUUGAUUCUUGAGAGUUCCUUGUGCAAGAAACAGUGGAUUCAACUGAAAAUUUAUACUUACACCUUUUUGCCUGCUUGCGUUA